UAACAUUGUCAUGUGAUUAUUUUCACACACUAUAAAUACCGGAAGCCCCUAGUUACAAGUAACUUGAAUCUCCAACGGACGAUAAGCCAACAUGGACAGUGACUCCGUUCCUCAAUAUCUACGUCGCCCACACUUGUCAGCUCUCGAUGACGUCACAUCCGGCUUGUACAACAGGGCUCCGAGUCACUGCAACACGCUCGGUUGCACGUGCAGAAAAACAGACUACCCCCCAGAACAGCAGGACUUCACCUCAAAGCCAUUUUACGAUGCCCUAACUGACGGGGGACUGGAUUAUGUGUACGCCAAACUGAACCUGCCUAAUCCCCAAGACCACUACAGGAAGACCACGCAUCACCGGAAGCACGUGAUCGUUGUAGGGGCCGGAACGUCUGGUCUGUCGGCGGCGUAUGAGUUGAGACAGGCUGGUCAUCAAGUAACGCUCCUGGAAAUACAGCACAGAGUUGGUGGACGAACUAAGACUAUCAAAGACAAAUUUUCAGAUGGACUCCAUGCAGAAGGUGGUGCUAUGCGGCUUCCCGAGAGUCACUACCUCACCAAGCACUAUAUUGACCUGUUCAACGUGCCAACAAGGCCGUUUCAGAACCAAAACCUGAAUGGCUUCCUCUCCUUCUACGGCGACCCCAAGAUAAAGAUGUCAGAAUGGGACGCCAACAGCGACUGGUAUUGUACAAAGUACUGGGAAGGCUGGGACGCCAAAAUAAUGCAGUUUAAAACAGAACUUGGCAUCAAGGGAAUAAACGACUACUUCGACAGCACGGUGGCCCCGGUAUAUGCGGAGCUUCGUCGUGACACGAGCCCGAAGGGUUGGGCGCGGUGGGUGAAGAAAUGGAGCCAGUUUUCUGUCCUUGAGUUUCUCAAGUCCGACACCUACCAGAGCCCAGCCGACAAGUACAAACUGAGACCAUGGCCGCAGAAAGCCAUUGAAGCUUACAGAGUGCGGAACUACAUACCCCUGAUCAACGCCAGCCUGGUGGAGUAUCUGAGAGAGUUGUUAGGCCAGUGGUGGAAGGAUCCCCUGUACACGCCCACUGGGGGUAUGGAGGAAAUUGCAAAGGCCUUCAUGCGGAAGAAUACAACAGGCUGGAACCCGGAUGUGGAUCUGAGUAAGGACAUCCGGUAUGGGAUCAAAGUAGAAGCCAUUGAGGAGGUUCAACAGCGAAACGGGGAGAAAAUCGUGACAGUUACUGGUCGGAACGACGCCACCAAACAGCCGGCAGAGUUCACGGGGGAUGCUGUGAUCAUAACCGUCCCCCUGACGGUGCUCCGACAGAUGAAGGUGCCCCUGACACGGCAAAGCCAGCAGGCAGUAGAGGGUAUCUACUACGAGGCGUCUACAAAGGUCUUGCUGCAGUGUAGGACCAGGUUCUGGCAGAACCCGGACAACCUACAGGGAGGCUUCUCCAAGACAAACCUACCCAUUGGUCAGCUACACUAUCCAGACUGGGAAAAAUCGGGGAUACCGGAAAACGAGCGUGGAAUCCUCGUCAUCUACACAUGGGGCCAAGACGCAGAAAUGUUCGGCGCCCAAAAAACUGAAGAGGCAAUCGAGAACGCUGUGAAACAGGUCGCAACAAUCCACCCCGAGAUCGUUGAUAAUUUCGAAGUUGGGGCAGUACAAGCCUGGUUCAACGAACCCACAGCUCAAGGUGCAUUCGUGUAUCUAAAACCAGACCAAUAUAACGACAGCCUAUUGCAGCUUCUCAACUCAGACCAUCCUAUAUACCUAGCGGGAGAGGCGCUGUCGUGGUCCAAUGGCUGGAUACAAGGGGCGCUGGAAUCAGGCUUGAGGGCGGCCUACGAGUUCUACAGUCACAAUGAGAAGCAAUUCCCACCUCAGUUGAAGAGAUGUGGAUGUGCACACCAAUAUGUGUGUUCUCAGUCUGAGGGGGACAUGUCCCAUCACGAGUUCUCAAACAAUGAGAAGUGUGGUUACCAGGGUCCUUGAGGUCAGAGAAGCAUGUACCCUGCAUAGCUGCAGCCGGGGAAACAGUGCUUGACAAUACUGCUUACAUGAUUGACUGAUACUUUACACAGCUACAGCCGGGGAAACAGUGCUAGACAAUACUGCUCACAUGAUUGACUGAUACUUUACACAGCUACAGCCGGGGAAACAGUGCUUGACAAUACUGCUUACAUGAUUGACUGAUACUUUACACAGCUACAGCCGGGGAAACAGUGCUAGACAAUACUGCUUACAUGAUUGACUGAUACUUUACACAGCUACAGCCGGGGAAACAGUGCUUGACAAUACUGCUUACAUGAUUGACUGAUACUUUACACAGCUACAGCCGGGGAAACAGUAUAAGACAAUACUGCUUACAUGAGUGACUGAUACUUUACACAGCUACAGCCGGGGAAACAGUAUAAGACAAUACUGCUUACAUGAUUCACUGAUACUUUACACAGCUACAGCCGGGGAAACAGUAUAAGACAAUACUGCUUACAUGAUUGACUGAUACUUUACACAGCUACAGCCGGGGAAACAGUGCUUGACAAUACUGCUUACAUGAUUGACUGAUACUUUACACAGCUACAGCCGGGGAAACAGUAUAAGACAAUACUGCUUACAUGAGUGACUGAUACUUUACACAGCUACAGCCGGGGAAACAG